AUGAAACGGAAAAGACUACUCCAGCAACGUCACCAUAUGUAAUUUAGUUACGUUCAUAUAAAUAGGCAUCAUCAUUCAUCACUCCACAUAUCUCAAACACUUUCUCAUUCUCUACAAUCACACUACCAAAACCUUAUUAUCCCUUCCAAGACAAAGAGCAAAGAGUUAACGUACAUAAUGGCAAACGGCGGCGAUCUCCGUCAUACCGCCUCAGGAGCAUCCAUCGAACGAGAGUCUCCAGCUGUCCCUCCUCCUCCUCCACGUGCAACCCCCACCGCCAACAUCCCUCCUCCAAGAUUGAUCACCGCACCAAACGGAGUCAAUCUUACUGAAGCGAAUCAAUCUUUACUCAACUCAAUUCUCUCCGCCACCCCCUUAACUCCUCAAGAAAGCAACACGUGUAUGCAGUUGCUGUUCAACUUAAUGACUAGCGGCGAAGAAAACGGUUCGGCUCAGUUUAGAGAGGUGGUCUCAAGAAGCGGUCUUCGGAGGAUGGCCUCGUUGCUGACGUCACAUCACGAUCGUUUCUUGGAGAUGGCAAGAAACAGGAACGGCUCCAACCGCAUAUACGAGCUACUCGGAAGAAGAGACGACGUGGACACCUUCUUCUACAACGCUAUAAUGAGCCGCUUCAUCCACAUCAUGACCGACUACGAGGCGUCCAGCGUUGGGCUGCAAGGGAUGCAAGUUUUCAGCCAAGAGAAGCAAAUCACCAUGUUCGAAUACGUUCUCCGCCACGCGAUUCACCUGGCGUGUGACCCACUCGGCUACGCCGUGCUGAAAAAAAUCAUAGACGGCUUGGGCAAUUUUUACUACCGAGGCCGGCUCUUGGACAUAGUCGCGCAGAACGCUCUCCCCUUAAGCUACCACGCUCAUGGGAACUACGUGGUCCAGCACGUGCUUGAAUUGCAUGACUUGCGUUGCACGCAUAACGUUUCAGCUAGCCUCAGUGGCCGUUGUUUUGGCCUCUCGUUUACCAAGUUUGGAAGCUACGUCGUGCAGAAGCUUUUGGAUACAGAGGAGGGUGCGGUUACGGUGGUGGUAGAGUUGGAGCGGUGCGAUGAAGAGAGUUUGGUGAGGCUGGCGAUGAGUGAUUACGGGAAUUACGUGGUGUUGAAGGCACUGAGAGUGAUGCAGGAGAGGAAUAGUGAGGAUUUGUUUUGGGGUUUGGCGGGUAAGCUCAUGCCCUCAGUUCAUCUCUUGCGUGGACGCAGGAUUGGUGAGUUCUUGUACUCGCUUUGUUAGAUUUGUCACAAUGCCAUGCAGGCUCUAUUGCUACGAUAUAUGGUUAAAGUUGUUAGAUUCUGUGGUUUGCUUAAUGAAGUCUUGUAAUGAGAUUUGUCAGUAAUGAUGGUAUGUAUGCCAUCUACAUUCGAUCCAACAUAACAAAAAGAGAGGAAUAAUUCCAUUUC